UGGAGUUCGCUUGGUGAGCGUCUUACUGCGAGCGGUUGUUUCAGUUUUCUACGGUGUUCUUUGUUUAAGGUCGUGGGAGUGACUCUCGACAUUAAAACCCAGCACCCGGCACUCCAGCCCGCGUAAAUCCAUACCUCGUCCUUACUCGUCGGAUGGUCUUUCCGGUCCGUGGGCAUCUUUUUCAGUCGUCAUUACUGUAAAUACGUGGGCCAGGAGGUUCCAAACGGUCAGAGACAAAGCAACUGAGAAAUAACAACUGCGGACAAAAAAGAGGGAAAACCGAUGGGAAGACCUCUUAAGAUUCAUUUUGUCUGAAGAAGGCCUGAAGAGGUGAAAGAGGAAAGAACUGGAAUCAGGAAUGGCUCUUUCUCAGACCUCUGAAGACUCGUUUUGCCUGAGGAAGAAGCCAAGAAGAGGAAAGAACAGGAGUCAAGCAUGGCUUUUUCUCAGGCACAGGUGACCUUCAAAGAUGUGUUCAUAGAUUUCACUCCUGAGGAGUGGGAAUGCCUGGACCCUGCCCAGAGGACCUUGUACAAGGACGUGAUGGUGGAGAACUUCAGUAACCUGCUGUUUGUGGGUAUGUCUCAUACACAUAUAAGCCAGAAAUUACCGACAAAAGCAAGCAGUGAUAAAGGAGAAGUAUUUCACACAGUGAUGUUGGGAAGACCUGAAAGUCAUGAAAACACAGAUAUUUUUCCUCCGAGAGGUCCAGGAGAAUUUGCAUGAAUUUGAAUGUCAGGGGAGAGAUGAUGAAAGAAAUUACAAAGGAAUGUCUGUAACUAUAACCCAGAACAAAAAUCUCACUAAUGAAAGUGAUCGGCACAGUAGAAUUGCGGCAGGAAAUAAGCCUGUUGAAAAUAGGCAUGGAUCAAGCUUUCAAGAUGAACUGCAGAUACUUCAACCUGAAGGGAAAACAUUUGAAUGUAUUCAAGCUGUGAGGAGUAUCAACAGUACCACCUCAGAUUUACAACUUCAGAGAACUCCUAGUUUCUGCACCAGCAUUUCUAAUAUGUGUGAGAGUGCUGUUAUGCACCCUUCAUACUGGCACAAGACCAGGAAGCACAGAGGGGAAAACCUUACAAAUGUACUGAGUGUGCCAUGACCUUUGUUCAGGUCUCGGAACUCACUGGACAUCAAGGGAUCCAUAGAGGAGAGAAACCAUAUAAAUGUGAUGUAUGUGGAAAGGCCUUUAGUCAAAAUGCAAGACUUAUAGUUCAUCGGAGAAUUCAUACUGAAGAUAAACCAUAUAAAUAUUAUGAAUAUAGCAAAGCUCUUAGUGCACAUUCAGCCUUUACUGACCAUCAAGCAGUUCAUACAGGAGAGAAACCAUAUAAAUGUAAUUUAUGUGGCAAAGCCUUCAGUCACAGGUCUUAUUUUACAGUUCACUGGGGAAUUCAUACUGGACACAAACCUUACAUGUGUAAUGAGUGUGGCAAAGCUUUUAGUGCACAUUCAGACUUAACUAAACAUCAAGCUGUUCAUACAGGAGAGAAACCAUAUAAAUGUGAUAUAUGUGGAAAAGCCUUUAGUAAAAACACAAGACUUACAGUUCAUAGGAGAAUUCAUACUGGAGAGAAACCAUAUAAAUGUGAUAUAUGUGGAAAAGCCUUUAGUCAAAACGGAAUACUUAUAGUUCAUAGGAGAAUUCAUACUGGAGAGAAACCAUAUAAAUGUGAUAUAUGUGGCCGGUGCUUUACUCGAAAUGCACACCUUGGGAUUCAUCGUAAAAUUCAUACUGGAGAGAAACCAUAUAAAUGUGAUGCAUGCGGAAAAGCUUUUAGUGCUCAUUCAGACUUAAGUAAACAUCAAGCAAUUCAUAAAGGAGAGAAACCAUAUAUAUGUAAUUUAUGUGGCAAAGCCUUCAGUUUCAGGUCUUAUUUUACACUCCAUUGGAGAAUUCAUACUGGAGAGAAACCAUAUCAGUGUGAUGUAUGUGGCCAGUGCUUUAGUCGAAAUUCAUACCUUAGGAGUCAUUGGAGAAUUCAUACUGGAGAGAAACCUUACAAAUGUAAUGAGUGUGGCAAAGCCUUCAGUCAGAGUACAAGCAAGAGAGACACAGAUGUAUUGAACAGUCUUUUGGACUCUGUGGGAGAGGGCAAGGGUGGAAUGAUACGGGAGAAAGGCAUUGAAACGUAAAUUAUCACAUGUGAAACAAAUCGCCAGUCCAGGUUUGAUGCAUGAUACAGGA